AUGACCUCGAAAGACGACGUCAAAUGUUCCCCCGCGGUGCUGGAGGAGCGGAGACGCAGUCCGCUGGACCACCUCCCGCCGCCGGCCAACUCCAACAAGCCGCUCACUCCGUUCAGUAUCGAGGACAUCCUGAGCAAACCGGCGGUGAAACGGAGCUACUCCAUCUGCGGCGCGGCCCACCUCAUCUCGUGCGAGAAGACUGCGGGCCACGGGCUGUCCGGCCGGGCCCUGCUGAGCCAGACGUCCCCGCUGUGCGCGCUGGAGGAGCUGGCCAGUAAGACGUUCAAGGGGCUGGAGGUCAGCGUUCUGCAAGCCGCCGAGGGUAGGGACGGACUGACGCUGUUCGGCCAGCGGAAUACUCCCAAAAAGCGACGAAAGUCGCGCACGGCCUUCACCAACCACCAGAUCUACGAGCUGGAGAAGCGCUUCUUGUACCAGAAGUACCUGAGCCCGGCGGACCGCGACCAGAUCGCCCAGCAGUUGGGUCUCACCAACGCGCAGGUCAUCACCUGGUUCCAGAACCGCCGCGCCAAGCUCAAGCGGGAUCUUGAAGAGAUGAAGGCGGACGUGGAGUCGGCGAAGGCGGUCGGUGUGGUGGCCUUCGAGAAGCUCGCCAAACUGGCGGAGCUGGAGAAAUGCGCAGCCAACGGCGCGUCGCCGCUGCAGAACCACAGCGAGAUGGACUCGUCCUCCUCUUCCUCGCCGCGAUCGAACCUGGAACGCGACACGUCGGACACGAACCACCUACUGACGGCGUCCUCGUCGCCCGCCGCGUCGCCGUGCACGGAUGGCUCGAGCGUCAAGUGCGGCUCGGAGGACGAGGACGAGGAGAUCGAGGUGGACGACUAG